AUGUGGCAAACAAAAUAUCGUAAAAAUCUAUUUAACUUUGAUACUGAUACUAAUAAUCAUCUUGAACGAUUUAAUCGAAAACUUAAAGAUCACAUAUCAUCUAACAUGCAUAUAUCUGAAUGCGUUACAAAAUUAGUUUUACUUGUUGAUGAUAUUAAAGCCGAAGAAAUGAUUUUAAAUAUUAGUCUAAAACAAAAGAUUUACAAUUCUGAUGAUUCAAUGUUACUUAAAAGAUUUGGUUCGCAAAUGACAAACAAAGCUGUUGAAUUAUUACGUUAA